AUGUGGCGUCGUGCGGUUGCUGCUCUGCCGAACGCCUCCGCCGCUGCUGCUGCUGCUGCUGUGUGGGGGUGCGCCGCCGGCCGCCGCUGCAUCCACGGUGAGAUGCGGCACCACAACACCGACACGAACAACACCCGCAUCCCGUGGGACUUCACCAUGGCGAGCUACGAGGAGAUCAACAACGUCAUUUUGCCCAAGUUUCCGAGGAGCCGACGCAAGAGCGCAGUAAUCCCGCUCCUGCACCUCGCGCAGCGUCAGCAGGGCGGCUACAUCCCCGUCACGGCAAUGUACAAAAUCGCCCGCAUCUGCGAGGUGCCGCCGAUGCAUGUCUUCGAGACGGUGACGUUCUAUUCUAUGUUCAACCGCCAGCCAGUCGGGAAGUACCACGUGCAGUUCUGCGUCACGACGCCGUGCCUGCUGUGCGGCUGCGACGACCUCAUCCACCGCACGGAGGCGUACCUGAACAUCAAGAUGAACGGCACGACGAAGGACGGCCUCAUUACGCUCGGUGAGAUGGAGUGCCUCGGCGCCUGCGUCAACGCCCCGAUGCUCGUCGUGAGCGACUACAGCCGCCCGCCUCACUUCUCCUACGACUUCGUAGAGGACCUCACAUGGGACGGAGUGAAGCAGCUCAUUGAGUGCCUGCGCGAGGGCCGGCCGUUUAAGGUGGGAACGCAGCGUGCCGACCGCAAGUGGGCGGAGCCGCCGGGUGGCAGGACAUCUAUCUUCUUCAAGGAGCCGCCAAAGCCGUACUGUAGGGAUCUUGACACUAAGCCGGAGCCACCUGCUGCUGCUGCUGCUGCUGCUCCUGGGAAGAAGUAG